AUGGCCAACCCGUCGCAGUGCCUGGAGGAGGGCGCCGGGCGCUGGCCGCCGCGGCCGCCCGGGCCGUACAGCGAGGCGCAGCGGCUGGCGCUGGAGGAGCUGGUGGCGGGCGGCCCCGAGGCGCUGCGGGCCUUCCUGCGGCGGGAGCAGCUGCCGCCCUUCCUGUCGGAGCCCGAGGUGCAGGCCAUCGUGCGGGGCGCCCUGCCGCCCGCCCCGCAGCCGGCGGGAGAGCCCUCGCCCGGCGCCUCGCUCGACGCCUCCUCGCUCACCUACUUCCCCGAGCGCUCGGACCUGGAGCCGCCGGCGCUGGAGCUGGGCUGGCCGGGCUUCGCCAGCGGCGCCUUCCGCGGGCUGACGCGGGUGGAAGCGCACUUCCAGCCCGGCUGCGGGGACGGGCUGUACGGCUGCAAGGAGGCGGUGCGGCGGCAGAUCCGCUCCGCGAGGCAGAUGAUUGCCCUGGUCAUGGAUUCCUUCACAGAUACUGAUAUCUUCAAAGACCUCUUGGAAGCCUGUAGCCAGCGGCAAGUUAAAGCAUAUAUCCUUCUGGAUCAGUCUUCAUUUUCCCACUUUCUGAAAAUGUGCAAGGAUCUGGGGGUUGACCUUGAACAGGAAAAGCUGAUGAGAAUUCGAAAUAUCACUGGGAAGACAUACUACACGAGGUCAGGUGCCAAAAUUGUUGGAAAAGUCCGUGAGAAGUUCAUGUUAAUUGAUGGCAUUAGAGUGACAACAGGCUCCUACAGCUUUACAUGGACAGAUGGGAAGCUGAACAGCAGUAACAUUUUGAUCCUGUCAGGCCCUGCAGUUGCACACUUUGACCUGGAAUUUCGGAUUCUUUACGCACGGUCCAAGCCUAUUAACCUCAAAGAGUUCUCCAGCUGCAAGAAGAAUGAGGUGUUGGACCAGCUGGUCAGGAUAACAGUGGCUUCCAGAGACUUGUCCAGGGAAAACUUCCUGAGAAUGGAGUUUUUGUAUCUUAGAGCAUUUGUAGGAAAUCUCAAAAGGAAGCGAAGCUGGCUGCAUGCCUCCAGAGAGGCAGUCUACGUGUCAAAUAAUGUAAUGCAUACUUCUCCUCCACUGACUAAGAGGAAUGGCUCUCUAGUGAUGAGGCCACACUGGAUCGUGGAGAGAUGAACUGCAUGUUCACUAGAGAGAGAAGCAGAACCUCAGGAGCCACGUCCAGCCGUCCACGUCCAGUUCUGACUCACAGUGUGCUUGUGAGAGCAGCUGGGAAACCUCCAGCUGAGAGAAAGUGAUGCUGCAAUUGUGGUUUCAUUUGAAGACCAUUAUUACACAGAUCAAAAGAUACAGUUACGGUUUUGUCUUA